AUGAGCCCACCAGAGAAGCGCCGCGGAAACAACUCCCAUCCCAUUCGCUCUCCAGCUUCGUCACGAAACAGUAUAAUAUCUCUUCCUCCUCGCGCGCAGCUCACCGGUGGUGCUUCUUCGUCGCCAUCACCUGGCCCCGAAAAUGACAAUACCCACGAGACCACGAAUCAAGUAAAUAAAGACAAUGGUGGUGCGCCUUUAGCAACCAAAGAGAAAGAGAGUACUUUACUCAAGGAGAAAAACGAGAAAAUUACAAAAUUGAAGGAGGAACUGGAUAUUAUUGAAGUAGAAUUCUCCCAGGAAUUGGAUAGGCUCGCCCAAAAGGAAAGCGAGACUGCUAGUUACUGGCAGGCAAAGUAUUCGAGCCUUAGCCAAGAACUCACACAGGUCUAUGCAGAGCUUCGAGUACUAGGCGCUGAGAUGGACGCGAAAGAGGCCGAGAAUACCAAGUUGCGUGAGAGGUCGGAGGUACUACAAAACGAGCUAAACGAGCGUAACGACGAAAUUCAUUCUUUAAAACGCCAUAUCGCUGGGCUAAAACAAUGGGUCAGCACUAGCACCACGAGAGGCGACCAGACUAGCGAUGAAGAGUUCGGGGAUUCCAUGAUAAAGCUGGGGAAUGGCUUGCAAAAUUGGGUUAUCGUACAUUUUAGACGAGCGAAGCUUGACCUCACCCAUGUAGACGAGGCAAUUCUCCACGACCUUGCCGAACUGGUUCCCAUGUAUGGACAGCUUGCUGCAUCGGCAAAGCUGCAUCUACUGCAGAGUUUAGUUUCCAGCAUCUUAGUGGAGACCAUCUUUAACGCCUAUUUUGUUGGCCUUACCAAAGUUCGCGCCGACCAACUAGCACAGGUAGAAGAAUAUCUUGCUUCUCUCAGUUCAGUUGAAGCGGUAAGCCAAUGGCGUGCCAUGACGCUUACAAUGCUUCGAAAGGAGGCCACGCAGAAGAUGCAGGAAGAAACGUCAAUGUCAACUGAAUCCGUCAUCUCCAGGGUUAAUCAUAUCCUGGAUGCGAUCACCGAUGUCAGCGCGACAGAUGCGCGGGAUCAUGCACUUCGCACAUUGGUGCAUAGCUCGGUUGAACUCGCACGUUUAUUGGUCGUGCAAAAAGCCACAUUCAAAGUUCACAUGCCUAAGAUAGAUGCGCACCAAAAGACGUUGUUUGAGCUAUCUACGAUGGAAGACAUCGGGGCCGAAGACGAGGAAAGUUUAGCAGGGCGCGAGAUAUGCUGCGUGACUUUCCCCGGUAUCAUCAAGACGGGAGACGAGCACGGCGGCCACCCGCAGUUCAUGAAUGUCGUGGCAAAGGCCCGGGUUCUUUGCAACCCCGAAUGA